AAACCCAAGUUCUCAAAUCAAAUCAAAACUAGGGUUUAGCGCCUCGCCGAUAAUCUUAGAGAGAGAAAGCAAGCAAUAGAUACACACAUAUACAUCUAUAUAUAGGGAGAGAGAGAAGAGAAGAGAAGAGAAGAGAGGAGAGAGAGAAACUGAAGCCACUGAGUCUCUUGAAUACAGUCAACAAUGGCGCUAUAUCUUCUCUACGAGUCAGCUUCUGGGUAUGCCCUGUUUUUGGCACAUGGUAUUGAUGAAAUCGGUCAGAACACAGAGGCAGUUCGGAACUCCGUGACUGACCUCAAUCGAUUCGGCAAAGUCGUGAAGCUCGUAGCUUUUACCCCAUUCGAGUCCGCUCUCGACGCUCUCAACCAAUGCAACGCCAUCUCCGAAGGCCAUAUGACUGAUGAGUUGAGGAAUUUUUUGGAGCUAACUCUCCCAAAAGUUAAGGGCAGAAAGAAGCCUAAAUUCAGUUUAGGCAUUGCUGAGCCUAAGAUUGGAUCACAUGUCUUUGAAGUGACCAAGAUCCCCUGCCAAAGUAAUGAGUUUGUUCUUGAGCUUAUUCGCGGUGUGCGGUUGCAUUUUGAUAGGUUCAUUGAGAACCUGAAGCCUGGUGAUUUGGAGAAAGCCCAACUUGGUCUGGGGCACAGUUACAGCAGGGCAAAGGUCAAAUUCAAUGUUAACCGUGUUGACAAUAUGGUUAUUCAGGCUAUCUUCCUUCUUGAUACUCUUGAUAAAGAUAUCAAUUCCUUUUCCAUGAGAGUCAGAGAAUGGUACUCUUGGCAUUUUCCUGAACUAGUAAAGAUUGUCAAUGACAACUAUCUUUAUGCCAAAGUUUCAAAAUUUGUUGAGAACAAAUCAGAAUUGUUUGAAGACAAACUACCAGGCUUGAUUGAUAUACUUGGAGAUGAAGAUAAAGCAAAGGAAAUCGUAGAAGCUGCCAAAGCAUCCAUGGGGCAGGACUUGUCUCCAAUUGACUUGAUUAAUGUCAAGCAAUUUGCACAGAGGGUAAUGGACCUUUCUGAGUACAGAAAAAAGCUCUAUGAAUAUCUGGUCACUAAAAUGGAUGACAUUGCUCCCAAUUUGGCUGCUCUGAUUGGUGAAGUUGUUGGAGCUCGUUUGAUUUCCCAUGCUGGUAGCCUCACAAAUCUGGCAAAGUGCCCUUCUUCUACGCUUCAGAUCCUUGGUGCAGAGAAGGCGCUCUUCAGGGCAUUGAAGACCCGAGGAAACACCCCGAAGUAUGGCCUUAUAUUCCAUUCUUCUUUUAUUGGCCGGGCAUCUGCUCGAAACAAAGGCCGAAUGGCUCGUUAUCUUGCAAACAAGUGCUCUAUCGCAUCUCGCAUUGACUGUUUCUUAGAUAAGAACACCACUGCUUUUGGGGAGAAACUUCGUGAACAGGUUGAGGAACGACUUGACUUUUAUGACAAGGGGGUUGCACCUCGUAAAAACAUUGAUGUGAUGAAGACUGCACUUUUGAAAUUUCUCUAAACAAAGGUGGGUGAAAGAUGAGAGUAUGGAGGAUUUUUUUGUUCUUGCCUCCCUGUAAAUUUGAAAACACCGAAUGAACUGAACCUUGUGGCUUGUGGCUUUAAAUUCAGCCAUUGGUUUCGUUGACUGCAGCUUUAUCCAGAUUAUAUUCUACUGCAAUGGGGAAAUUUUUAUUUCAUUUUCAUUAGAUUCUUCAAA